ACUAGCUUCUGAGUAGUGCUCUCUUUCAGCUACUACCAUUCCUGCCCUCCAGCUACUUGCUUUCACUAUGGCUUUCAAGCCUAUGCCACUUCUCUUUGCCUUUUUGCUUCUCAUCGCUUCUAGUAACGGAGAUAGCAACACUGCCCCUGGUGCUUUCCCACAUGGUAAGAUAUUAAGCCCCCCACCACCAGUCAAUGCAUCCUCUCCAACCGCUCCAUACCCACCCACCCAGGUGACUCCUCCUCCUCCUCCACCGCCAGCAAAGGCACCAUCACCGCCACCUCCAGUCAAGCUACCACCAUCCCCACCUGCGGCGGGCAAGCAACCACCACCUCCUUCUCCACCACCAGCCAAGAAACCACCAGUCCCUGCUCCCCCCGUUUCACCACCAAAGAACACAGCAGACUGCGUUCCCCUAUGCCAGGUGAGGUGCAAGUUGCAUUCGAGGCAGAAUGUAUGCCUAAGAGCAUGCACUACUUGUUGUUUAAGAUGCAAAUGUGUUCCGCCAGGCCAAUAUGGGAACCUAGACAAAUGUGGCAAAUGUUAUGCUAAUAUGACCACCCGCGGAGGCAGGCGUAAGUGCCCAUGAAAAUUGAGAUUGAAGCUCUAAGAUGGUUUAUAUAGGAACUGUUGCAUGACUUUGCAUAUGUGAAUUGUAAUAGCUGACUAGUACUAGUAAUGAUUUUCAGAAGAGAUUUUGAUAAAUAAAUGCCCUACUUGACACAAUGACUAGCUGGGUCAUUUCAUUCCAUGCCAUCCCUUUGUUUCAGUAGUUAACAGUAAUGUAUUAUGAGAUUAGUGCAGUUUUAUUAUAUCUGCUUUUCCUAUUU